AUAUAUGGUGUCAGAAUUCGCAACAAAGUGAAGAAUAUAUAUAUUUUACGUCAUCUGAAAGUCAAUGGUAAUAAAAUUGAAAAUUCAAAAUGUCGACGUCUACAAUACAAAACGUGGAAGCAUGUUCACAAAGUCAAAACUUCAACAACGUACCAAAAUUAAUAAUUGCAACAAAUCAAAAUAACAAUUCUAAUUGGAAGAAAUGGUGGCAAUGUUUUGAGCUUUUUCUACUUGCUUCGGAUCUGGAAGAUGCAUCCGAGAAAAGGAAAAUAGCCAUCAUGCUACAUACAAUCGGAGAAAAAGGUAUUGAGAUUUACAAUUCUUUCAAUAUAGACAUAACCAGAACAACUUUAAAAGAUAUUAAAAUUAAAUUCGACAAUUAUUUUGAGCCACAGAAAAACUUAACUAUUGUCAGACAUUCCUUUUUUACGAGAAUGCAGAAACCUGAAGAGGGAAUUGACACAUUUCUUACGGACUUACAAAAUAUUGGAAAUAAAUGUGAAUUUGGUACAUUGAAAGACUCCUUAAUUAAAGAUAUUUUUAUAGCUAACAUGAGUUCGAGAUUAACACAUGUUCGUCAAAGAUUGUUGCAAGAAACGGACCUAACACUCGAAAAGGCUAUAUCUAUUGCUAAUAAUGUCAUCAUGGCACAACAAAAUGCUCAAACAAUGGAAAAUUCUCAAUAUUCAGAUAAUGUUUUACAUAUAUCACAGUCGUAUACAAAGUCACAGUCAAAGAAACAGUCUACGAGUAAUAACAGAAAUAAGUCAAAUAAUAAAAAUCCUCACAAUCAAAAUUUUGCUAGUCGACGUAGUCAAAGUCCGGUACCAAAGACAAGUAACAACAAUAAAUGUACUCAUUGUGGUCAACAUUAUCAUCGUUUCAAAUGUCCUGCAUCAGGAGUAAGGUGUAAAAUAUGUCACAAGAUUGGACAUUUUGCAAAAUAUUGUUUUUCCAAUCGAUCUAAAAUUAGAUCUUUAGAAUCGUCUUAUCCAGUCCGAGAUGUCGACGAGGAAUCAAACAAUGAUUCAGAACAAUUUUUCAUCGGUAUGGUGAAGAGUGUCAACAACGACAAGUCAUGCUAUUUAUCAGUUCUAAUUAAUAAUGUUGAAGUAAAAUGUAUACUUGAUUCAGGUGCUGAUACCAAUAUAAUGUCUCUUAAUACUUUUAACAAAUUAAAUUUAUCACAGUCUAUUAUUAAAAGUUGUAGUGCAAAUGUCAAAGGUUUUGAUGGUUCGUCUAUACAAGUAUUUGGUCAGUGUAAUUUAAAAUGUUUUUUCAAUAAUUGUCAAAGAUACAUAUUAUUUUUAAUAGUAAAUAUUGAUUGUGCUACUGUAUUAGGUCUUCCGACAUGUGUGGAUAUAGGAAUAUUAAAAAAAGUUUUUGCAGUCAACAGUAAUGGUAAAUAUCUGUCUAGUAAUCAAAUUUUAGAAUAUUUUAAUGAUGUUUUUCAUGGAUUAGGAUGUCUACCACCUGUCUGUCACCUCAAGUUGCAACAAAAUGCAAUUCCAUGCGUUGAUCAUCCCAGAAAAGUUCCAUUUGGUUUAAAAAAUAAAUUAAAAGAAGUAUUAUUUUUUGGCCAAAUAUGA